AUGUACCUGCAGAUAUCCUUAGAAGAAGAAGAUAAAAGGUAUCACCGAUUUCUGUGGCGGGACCUAGAAGACAGGACAAGAGAUCCAGAGACGUUUGAGUUCCAGCGACUUGUUUUUGGAAUCAACAGCUCACCGUUUUUGGCACAGUUGGUUUCUCAAGAGCAUGCAAGAGCCCACCAGACACAGUGCCCUAGAGCAGCAGAGGCAAUUUUGAAGUCAACUUACAUGGACGACACUCUUGACUCAGUGAACGAUGAUGAACAGGGAAAAAAGCUGUACAGAGAGUUAUCAGCAUUGUGGAAAGGAGCUGGGAUGCAUGCCAGAAAAUGGUUGUCCAACUCACCCGAAGUUUUAGCCAUCAUACCAGAUGAAGAUAGAGCUUCAGAGAUUAAUUUGGAGGAGGGAUAUUUGCCAUCAGUAAAGGCCCUUGGAGUGCUGUGGAAGGCGGAAGAAGACGCGUUCUGUUAUCGGCUGACACCCCCUGCUGCUGAUCUCAAGCUUACGAAGAGGAGCCUACUGCGAAGAAUAGCAACCAUUUUUGAUCCCCUUGGGUUGAUGUCGCCAUAUGUUAUACAAGGAAAAAUCAUCAUGCAGGAUGUAUGGAUGUGUGGCGUGGAAUGGGAUGAAGAAUUGCCAGAGGAGAUUGAAAAGAAAGCUUGGGAUUGGAUAGUUGAAAUCACAGGGUUGGCCCAAGCCAGGAUCCCUAGAUGCCUACAACUUGCUGAGGAGAUGACAAGUUUCCAACUUCACACCUUUGGUGAUGCCUCAAAAGAUGCAUAUGGGACUGUGGUGUAUGCAAGAAGCACCUAUGCCAGUGGAAUGGUAGCCACAAGGAUUGUAGCGUCCAAGACCAAGGUUGCACCGUUAACCUCAGUGAGCAUCCCGAGACUAGAGAUGAUGGCGGCGGUCCUAGGACUUCAACUCAGUCUGAGCAUUGUAGCAGCAUUGGCCACCAAUGUCAAGGAGGUGGUGUUUUGGAGUGAUAGUCAAAACGUUCUCUGGUGGAUAAAGCGACCUAGCAGAAAACUGAAACCUUUCGUUGCCAACCGAGUAGGCCUGAUACAGCAACAUACAGACCCUCAACAGUGGAGAUAUGUGCCAACCAAAGAAAACCCAGCAGACCUGCCUUCAAGAGGUGUAAGAGCAAAAGACCUAGCAGAGUCCAGCCUAUGGUGGGACGGCCAAGAGUUUUUACAGAGGGAUUCUUCAGAGUGGCCAGAGAGAGUUGUUGGACAGGGAGAUGAAGUCCAGGAUGAAAUGAAAAAUGAGAGCAGUUACCUCAGCUUGGAAGAAAAGAACAGUCUAAAACAAGUGAUGAACCUUGCAGAUACAAGACUAGACCCUUCCCGAUUCUCCAGCUGGCAGAGAUUGACACGUGUUCAUGCAUGGGUGCAGCGGUUUAUCGGAAAUUGUCAGGCAGCCCCCACUGAGAGGAAACAAGGAGAACUAGAAGUUGAGGAAGUAAAAGCGACUGAGUUACUCUUGAUUAGACAGUGCCAAAAAGAAGCCUUUGCAGAGGAGUAUAGCGCGUUAUGCCAUGGAAGGGAGCUGCCCAAGUCCAGUCAAAUAGCUGGCCUGACGCCAAAAUUAGAUGCCGACUUCUUACUUCGUAGCAACAGUCGUCUAGCUUAUGCUGAUAAUCUGUCCUAUGAAGCCAAGUUCCCGAUAAUACUACCGAGAAAACACCACGUGACCCAGUUACUGGUGAGAUUCUACCAUGAAAGAGAGAAUCAUGUAGCUGGGACAAACAAGAUCUUGUCAGAGAUGUCAGCCAAGUAUUGGAUUAUUAGAGGUCGAGAGGAGAUCCGGGAUUGGGAGGCUAAGUGCGCAGCCUGUGAACGUAAGAAGGCAAGAGUAACGUCACAAUUGAUGGCCCCCCUGCCAAGAACAAGAGUGAGUCCACCAAUGAGAGCCUUCUCAGUUUCUUCAGUCGACUAUGCUGGACCGUUUCUUACUAAGCAAGGACGAGGCAGAGUACAAACUAAGAGAUACCUGUGCCUAUUUACUUGCCAUGCCUCGAGGGCGGUACACUUGGAGAUGGCAUAUGCUUUAGAUACCAACUCGUUCCUGAAUGCCUUCAACAGAUUUACUCACCGUAGAGGCGUCCCAGUAGAAGUUACUUCAGAUAAUGGCACGAACUUCGUUGGGGCUAACCGAGAAUUGAUGGAAUUGGUCACCCAGCUGGACCAAGUGAGAGUAACUAGAGAUGGAGCAGCGCGAGGAAUAAAAUGGAGGUUUAAUCCGCCACAUGGACCUCACUUUGGUGGAAUUCAUGAAAGUCUGGUGAAGAGUGCAAAGAAGGCGAUAUAUGCUGUACUUCAGAAAGCAGACAUCACAGAUGAAGAGCUGAGCACUGCAUUCACUGGAGCUGAAGCCCUGCUCAAUUCCAGGCCGUUGUCUUACCAGUCAGCAGAUUCCAAGGAUGCUCCCCCUAUAACACCUAACCACUUUCUAUUUGGUCAGUGCGGCGGACAGUUUGCCCCAGAAGAGAUAGAUAGCUCAGAUUUCAACCCAAGACGACGAUGGAGGAGAGUUCAGGAGCUACUGAAGGAAUUUUGGUCCCGGUGGUUAAAGGAGUGGCUCCCUCUGUUGCGUCAGCGCCACAAGUGGAGAGAUGUCAAGAAGGAUUUAGAAGUAGGAGACGUUGUACUGGUGGCAGAUCCUGGAUCAGUGAGAGGAGAUUGGCCAAUGGGACGAGUAACAGAAGUGUUUACCGGCAGAGAUGGUCAUCGUCGAGUGGUCAAAGUCCAGGUUGGCGAGAAGACUAUGAUAAGGCCAAUCGUCAGGUUGUGCCCCCUGCGGUGCUGA